UUUCGAUGUAAUUAAGACGACAUUUCAAAUCCGAAGAUGAAUUGUUUAAUUACAUUUGCAGUUGUUUUCUCCAUUAUUAUAGUGGAUACUUAUGAAAAAAGUUUGGGACUCAAGCAAUCGAGAAAAUUAUCUGUAACCGAGAAGAGAACCGUAGAAGAUGUGGCAGAUGCAGAGGAGUUUGAAAUAGAUUUUACACCACCGUGUCCGGUGAUUGAAUGUGUGAUAGUGACUGAUAGUUUCGUGUCUAGAGAUUCUAGCGAAGAAGAAAUAAGACCUUAUCUAAAUGAGAUAAUUCGUUACUCACAGGAAGAUUAUCUCGAUGAAUUAGAACUCAAUCUAACACUUCGUUUGAUUGGACAUAUCUCCUAUACAAACGAAACCGAACCGAAUUUCAUUAAAGACAGUCUCUAUUGGUCCAAUACCAUUGUUGGUGAUAAUGCCAUUCGUAAUAUGAAAGAGAUUAAUGACAAUCCUCUUGUUUCAAGAGCAGAUGUUGUUGUUCUUCUAACUGGGUAAGAAUGAAGUAUGACAAUAGAUUUGUAUUACGCUUAACGGCAAAACUAAAAGAAGAAAAACUAUUAUUUAAUUCAUAAUUAUCGAAUGUUAAUACUAAUUAACACGAUUAAAUUUGAAAUAUCGUUGACAUUUGUUCUAUACUUAAUCGAUUUGUUCUUACACUUUUGUUAUACAGUUAUAGUGUUUAUAGUGAAAUAUAUUUUAGUACACCUGUCAAUAAAAUUAGGGAGCAAGAAAGAAAAUCGCUUACGUCAGAACAUUUUGAAUGUCAUAUCUUACUGUUAUAUAUGAUACAGUAAUGUAAAAAAUGUGCAUUUGAGCGGAA